AUGCAAUGUAUUAAGAAAGCUGCUGAUGGAAUUUUAUUUAAUCUUGGUUUUGAGAUACCUUCGAUUGCAAUACCUAUUGUACAUUCAAUAGCAAUGCAACAAAAACCUAUGUUUAUGUUGAGUUAUUCUCAUAUUAAUAAUGAUUUUUGUGAUAAAAUACUUGAAUUACUUGAUCAAAAAAUUGAUUUAUUCAAUGUAUGGAUUGAUAAACGAUAUUGUAAGAAUAGUACAGAUAUUUGGGAAUCUAUUGCUAAAGGUAUUAAAAAUUCUGAUUUGAUCAUAUGUAUUAGAUUAUCAGAAUAUUUAACAAGUAAAGCAUGUCUUCAAGAAAUAAUCUAUGCAAAAGAUCGACUUAAUAAACGUUUUUUACCUAUCUAUCUUGGAAAACCCGAUAUAAGUGAUUGGUCAGAUAUUCGUCUUGCCGAAUUCAAAUAUGUUCGUUUUCAAAAUACACAUUUGAAAUUGGAUGAACGGAAAGUAGAAGAAUUUUUAUCAAGAGUAGUAGAAUCUAUAUCAUCAGAACAUUCAACACAAAACAAUAUAACUAUUAAACAUCAUUAUACGCCAUCAAUUUUUCAUGAAAUAUCUAAGACAGAAGUAAUAAGAUCUCAAACAAUCUCACAACCUAUUGAAACAGUUAACAAUAAAAAUAAACCUGUAUUGCAAUAG